AUGAGCAGUGAAGAUUUCAACAUUCAAUAUGAUUGUCAUAAUGAUUCAAUUUUUCUUCUUGUUUUGCUCAUGGAAAUCUUUAGAAAUUGUGAGUUCAAUUGGAAAUGUUUAAGAGAAAGUUCAUUUCAACGGGGAGGAAUUUUAAAAAACUAUUUACGAAGCUUCACUGAUCAAAAUGAAGCUCAUCAAUCAACGAAGCUUCAAGCUUUUUAUUCUGCUAUGAGAUUCCUCAACGACACUUAA